AUGUCGCCCUCACCAGCGACUUCAGCCAUCGAACUGAAUACAGCUUCAAACCCUAUCACAAAUAUAUUUAGCCAAGUCUCUCAGGCAACUGAAGAGGCCGAGUCCCAUACCCCCGUCUCAAAGAGCCGAACAGUUGCCAUCAUCUUCUGCAUCACAUGUAUUAGCGGCAUCAGCAAUCUCUUGGCCGGACUAUUGACGGUUUGCAUUCCCGUAAUUGCAGCAGACUUGAACUUUCCCCCAGAGCUUCAACUUUGGCCAGCCUCGGCCUUUGCUCUAGCAUGCGGCUGCACGCUUCUACUAUGUGCCAGUGCCGCUGAUGUCGUCGGGUGUCGACGCGUAUGCUUGGUUGGCGCCCUUUUGCAAUCUGCAAGCGCAUUGGGUGCUGGACUGUCAAGAAGUCCUUCGCAAUUGAUUGCUCUUCGAGCUAUUGCCGGAGUGGCAGCCUCUUUCUGCUUGCCCAGCGCUGUUGGGAUCGCAGCCCGUGCCUUUCCCGCCGCGAGUAGCCCUCGAAGCCGCAGCACCGCAUUCGCCGCUAUGGGAAGCGGCCAGGCGGUGGGCUUUGGAUUAGGAUUGGUAUUGGGUGGCGUCUUCAGCGGUACGAUUGGUUGGCGUUGGGGAUUUUACAUCACGGCGAUUCUCAAUGUUGUCGUGCUGCUGGUGGCUGUGUGGGCAUUGCCAGCAAGUAUAGAUGGUGUUGCUCUGGGCCGAGAGACUCUCCAUCAUCUUGCACGAGACAUUGAUUGGAUUGGUUGUGUUCUUGUCAGCACAGCACUCGCACUUCUCUCGUAUGAGCUGGCUGUUGUAUCAGGGUCGGAUGCGAGCGAGAGAAUGCGUGAGCCUGCAAACUUGGUCAUGCUCUGCGCUGGGGUUGCACUCCUGCCUACCUUUGCAGCAUGGAUGCAUCACCAGAAACAACGAGUGCGUCCAGCUUUGAUCCCUAAUGACAUUUGGAAGAACCUUGCCUUCACCACCGUCUGUAUAACCGUCUUCUUAGUCUGGGGUUCUCUCAAUGCUAGCGAGCAGUUCACGGCAUUGUAUCUGCAGGAAGUGCGUGAUUUUUCGCCUUUGACCUCAUCACUCUAUUUCUUACCAGCACCAAUCUGUGGUGCAUUGAUGAAUGCUGCCAUUGGCAUCUUGCUCCCGUAUCUGAAGCCUUCGUUUGCCGUUCCGGCCGGCUGCCUUGUAAGCGGCAUCGCUCCGUUACUUCUGGCCACACUGUGUGGUGUAGAUGGUCCAAAUUACUGGCGCGCAGUAUUUCAAGCAAUGGCCAUGAAUCCCUUGGGCGCAGAUCUCAUCUACGCCAUCGCCAAUCUCGUGGUGACGUCUGCCUUUCCCACAAAGACACAAGCUUUAGCGGGGGCCGUCUUCCAGAUGCUUUCUCAGAUCGGAAAAAGCGUGGGAAUUGCAACAACUGCAGUGAUUACGCAGCAAGUUACCGCAUCUUCACAAUCUCAAAAUAUGAAUGAAACCGUGUUACGGGGUUACAAGGCUGGUUGGAUAUAUAACUGUGGGCUGGGUUUUGCAUCGGUCUUGGUAAGCCUUUGGGGCCUUCGAGGUGUGGGUAAACUUGGUGUUAGAAUGGAUUAA